GGAAGCGGCGGCGGCGGCGGCGGCAGGUGAGCGGCGGCCGGGCAGGGACGGGUUAACCGGGCUUGGUCUUGACCUUGACCCUGAUCCUGUUCCCCUCCCCCGCAUCCCGCACUGGGGUCUGCCCCCCCACACUGGGGGGCUGGGGUGGGGGUCUGCCCCCCCAGACUGGGGUCUGCCCCCCCCACACUGGGGGGGCUGGGGUGGGGGGUCUGCCCCCCCCACACCGGGGGGCUGGGGCCGCCUAAAGGGCUGUGGCCGGGUUGCCCCCCAGGGGCGGCGGAGGGCCAGCGCUGACCCCCCGGGGCACGGUCCCCCAGGAUGAGCGGGGCGGCGGGGCUGCAGCAGGAGUACCGGCGCAGCGUGGAGCGCGCCUUCCAGGGGGGCCACACGGGGGCCUGCACCGACGCCGUGCUGCGGGACGCCCUGCGCCGUCGCCUGCUGGAGGAGCCGGAGCUGCACGGCGUGCUGCGCAGCGACGCCUUCGCCGUGCUCGCCAGCGGCCUGUGGGGCCAGCCCAGCCUGCUCCCCGCGCUGCGCGGCCUGGCCGCCGCCUUCCAGGUGCUGGAGCUGGCCGCCCUCAACCUGCACUUCUUCCCCUGGCGCAAGGAGUUCAGCACCAUCAAGACGUUCUCGGGGGUGUACGUGCACUGUCUGCGGGCGGCGCUGCCAGAGCCGGACCUGGCCAGGAGCUUCCGCCGCCUGGGCUACGAGCGCAGGGACGCCCACCACCUGGUGGUGACGCGGCCGCCCCCGGGCGCCGAGCUGAUGCACGUGGCCUGCAGCUUCUUCGCGGCCCGGCUGGAGUGCGAGAUCCUGGAGGACGUCCUGCUGCAGCUGGGGCCGUGCUGCGUGUCUGCCGACGACCUGCUCCAGGCGCGCAGAGGCACCAGCGGCCUGAGCGCCUGCGUGGAGAGGCUGCAGAGACUGGCACGCUGGCCCCGAGGCAGGGAGCUUGGGGUGGCUCCGGCGCCCGGCGGCGAGGCAGACACCGAUCUCUACCAGGACCCCGGAAACCUGUCCCGCACCCCCGUGGCAGGCCGGCGGAGCUACGAGCGGAGCCCCAAGCUGUGGGGCGAGCCUGCCGGCGGCUAUUACCCCCUGCCGGAGGCUGAGGACCCCGAGCUGGAGCAGGGCCUGGGGGACAGGGCCGACCCGGAGCUGGCUUCCUUCUCCUUCCUGUCGCUGAGGCAGGAGCUGGGCCGCGUCGGCGGCUCGCUGACCCCCGAGAACGCCAGGAGCCGGAGCCCAGCUCCGAGCUGCAGCUACAGCCCCCGCGCCGGGGCCAGCUCCCCGGGGCUCUACCGCGCUGCCGACCGGCCCUUCCAGGCAGCCGAGAACGCGUGGGGGCUGGCCCCCGCCUGCCCGCGGCCGGAGGGUGGGGAGGGGGCAGGGCCGGUGCUGGCGCUGUCUGAGGUGCCGCGGUACCAGCUGCACAUGUGCCUGAGCCAAGGCACCCUGCCCUCCUACUACUGCAGCACCUGCCAGCAGCUGCACGCCCGGGGCUGCGAGGCGCUGCAGGCCUGCUGGGGCGGGCACAGCAUGCAGGAGCUGCGUGGCGAGAAGCAGCAGCGCCUCUGGCUGCUGAGAACCGAGGUGGACAUGAUGCUGCAGGAGAGCGGGGGCGGGCGGCCGUAGCCAGCCAGGGGCACUGGGGACCUGGCGCCCCGCGGCCAGGACUGAGCACUCCGGGCAGGCACGGUGCCACUCAGGCCCCGGCCCGUGCUGUGCUGGACACUGCUGCUCUUCCCAGCCUGACCCCCCCCCCCCCCCCCCCCCCCGCCUACUUUCCCACCGCUGUUGCUGUCAAGGCAGCCUGAAACGCUGGGAGCAAGGGGAGGCGCAUGGCGGGGACCCUUUGGGGGGAGCAGAGGCCAUCUCCGAGUAAACGUCUCGGCUGUGACAGUG